CGCGUUGUACGUGCUAUCAACUUGACAAGGAAAUAUCUACCUCGAUGAGACGGACAUUGAUGGACUCGACGUAACUUCGCUGGUCUCUCCUCUGACAUCCUCUUGCAGGAGUCUCGAGAACUCCCGUUCCCCGAACCCGAAGAGAUCCAAAUUCAAAUCGCAUCCACCGGAUUAUGCGGCAGCGAUCUCCACUACUAUUCACAUUUCCGAAACGGCGACAUCCUCGUCAGGGAGCCCCUCAGCCUCGGACAUGAAUCCUCCGGCGUGGUGACCGCGAUCGGGUCGCAGGUCAGAGAUUUCGCGCCGGGUGAUCGGGUGACCAUGGAGGUCGGUCUGCCGUGCGAGCAAUGCCAACGAUGCAAGCAAGGCCGAUACAACAUCUGCAAAGACGUGCGCUUCCGGAGCAGCGGCAAGGCCUUCCCGCAUUUCCAAGGCACGCUGCAAGAACGCAUCAAUCAUCCGGCGAGGUGGUGCUACAAGCUGCCCGACGAGGUGAGCCUCGACGUCGGCGCUCUGUUGGAGCCGCUGGGCGUCGCGCUGCACGCGUUUCGCAGGAGCCUCAUGCCUGAAAACGCGACCGUCGUCGUGUUCGGUGCCGGAGCGAUCGGGCUGCUGUGCGCAGCCGUGGCGAGACUACGGGGCGCUCGGAAGGUGAUCAUCGCGGACAUCGAUGCGGGACGGGUCCGAUUCGCGGUCGACAACGCGUUCGCACAUAGCAGCUACACUGUGCCAUCGCGCAGAGGGAAGGAUAUCGACGAGAGCCUCGCUAUAGCCAAGGAGGUCGCGGCCGAGAUCGGUCAGGUCGACGGCGUGGGCGAGGUCGACGUCGUCUUCGAGUGCACCGGUGUCCCUUCCUGCGUGCAGGCAGGCAUCUUCUGCACCCGACCCGGAGGGCGUCUGAUGCUGGUGGGCAUGGGCCAUCCCAUCCAGACGAUCCCGCUCGGCGCCGCGGCCUUGCGCGAGGUGGACAUCGUCGGCGUGUUCCGGUACGCAAACACGUACGCCGAGAGCAUCCGGAUCGUCCAGCAGGCUUUGACCUCCGCAGAUGGACCUGAUUUCUCGAAACUGAUCACCCAUCGAUUCCGCGGUCUGGAGGAAGCCGAGGAUGCGUUCGCGAUGGCGGGAAAGACGGAGGACAGCGAUGGACGGCUUGUGCUGAAGGUGAUCAUUGAUAGCGCAUCGAGUUGAUAUAGUCCUCAAAGCCUAUUGAAGGUAGAAUCCACGCUUCAACUCACCUUAGUGAUACAACUGCAAAUCAUGCUGGCGAGGUCGUGAGGUAACCAUUGCUGGGUGUUGUACUCGAAGUUGGAGAAAGACUGAUAGAUUUCUAUGU